CUGAAUCCGGUGCCGACAACCUCCAGCCAUGUCGGUCCCUCAGAAGCGACUCACGGCUGCCGAAUACAUCAGACUAAGGCGACAAGGGGUUAUACCGGACGAAAAGAAGCUUGCGAAGGAGGCCGCUGAGAAGAAACGCCAGGAGGAAGAAGAGGAGCGAAGGAGAAAGGAGGAGGAGGAGAAGCGACGGAAGGAAGAGGAGGAAAGGAGACGGAGAGAAGAGGAGGAGAGGAGGAGAAAAGAGGAAGAGGAGAGGAGAAGAAAGGAGGAGGAGGAAAGACGGAGGAAAGAAGAGGAGAGGAGGCGGAAAGAGGAAGAGGAUAGGAGGAGGAAGGAAGAGGAAGAGAAAAGGAGGAAGAAGGAAGAGGAAGAGAAAAGGAGGAAGGAAGAGGAGGAGAGGAGGAGAAGAGAAGAGGAGAAGAAAAGGAAGGAAGAGGAGGAGAGGAGGAGAAAAGAAGAGGAGAAGAAAAGGAAGGAAGAGGAGGAGAGAAGGAGAAAAGAAGAGGAGAAGAAAAGGAAGGAAGAGGAGGAGAGAAGGAGGAAGGAAGCGGAGGAAGAGAGAUUAAGGCAAGAGAAGGAAGCAAAGGAGAAGAGAGACAGGGAGGAGAGGGAGAGACUGCAACGGAUUGAGGAAGAGAAAGCAAGGAAGGAGAAAGAGGAAAGGGAGAGAAAGGAAAAGGAAGAGAGAGACAGGAUAGCAAGGGAGAAGAAGGAACGAAAAGAGAAGAAAAGAAAAGAACGCGAAGAAUUAAGGAAACAACAAGAGGAGGAGAAAAAGGCAAAGGAGGCGAGAGAGGAGAGAGAAAAAUUAGAACGUGAAGCGAAAGAGAAAAGAGACAGAGAAGAACAAGAACGGAAGGAGAGAGAGGAAAAGAGACGCAGGGAGGAGGAGGAGAAAAAGCGAAAGGAGGAGGAGAAAAAGCGAAAAGAGGCGGAGGAGCAGGAGAGACUGAGAAAGGAAAAGGAGGCAGCAGAACGCGCUAAGAAAGAAAAAAGACAGACAGAGAGACAGGAAAAGAAACAGAAGAAGAAAAUGACCAAGGAACAGAGAGAACAAGAAUUGAGAGAGAAACGAGAAAGGGAAGAGGAACUGGAGAGACAAAGGGAGGAGGAGGAGGAGAGGGAGAGGGAGGAGCUGAGGAAUAAAGCGGAGGAGACGAAGAAGAAACUGAAGAAAAAGAAAGAGAACCUCAAGAAAGACUUGCGAGACCCUCAGGCCCGCAAGAACGAAAAACGCGACAACUUUCUGGGAUGGAUAAAGAACGGACGCAAAGACGACUUCGAUAAGGUCAUUGAUUUGCUCCUCAGCGAUGACGACGACGACUGAACGACCUAAUAAGCUGCCCUGGUCAAGGUCUCAUAAAAGGACAAAAUUCACUCGCACAUUGUACCCAAGUAUGAUAAAAAGCUGAAAAUCACGUUUCCUCCUGGAUAUGGGAGAGUCAAUUGGGUACUUUAUUAGAAUAUUCAUCAAAAAACGGACUUUUAUUGCUCUGAGGAAUCCAAGAGAGACACACGAAGGGGAGCAUGAAGAGAGAGGAAGAAGAGGAAACGCAGGGAAGAAGAGAAAAGGAAGGAAGAGGCGCUGAUGACCAGGAUUGAAAGAAAUAAGUGGUAAAUAUAAGGAAAAUCUUGACUCUUGUGCUGUGUAUGCGUCAAAAUAGGGACAACUCUGACCCUCCCUUUGUCGCCUUGCAGUAGUCACCAGUCAUCAAUAAUGCAUCAAACGACCACCACUCACAUAUCUCAGGACGGAUGGAAGCAAGGAACAUCCGAUAAAACUGAAUGAGGAAGAAGCUUAUUCCAAUUAUAUAAUUACCAGUAAAUAUGUAUAAAAACUAUACUUAACCAUUUAACCAAUAACCUAUAAAAACUGUACUUAACAAUUUAACCUCCAAGCUAGCUGCACAUAUUGUAAUUAGCCGCCAUAACAACUCUCAACAGAUAAUAAUUAGUCAUCACAGGAACUAAAAGCUGUGAUUUCCCACCACGCCAUGUAGAUACUAGCCCACAACGAUGCAUGAAUGACACGGGUGACCAACCUUUUCUAGACUCAUCGUGAUUGUUAAGUCAUCAUCAUCAUCAUCAUCAUAAUUUGCACAAUUACGCGCCCUCUGUGAUCAAGUCUCGGCAGGAUCGAUGGACUUUCUCCUCCCCAUUAGCUUUGUGAGCGUCCCCUUUGACUCCUCCACUCUGGGUUGUCUUGUACAGAGACGACCUGAUGAGUAACCUUCACCUGCUUCCUCUGUUCGCGUUAACACCGAGAAUAAGCUCCGCCCACAUCAGCUAAGUAGCGUUUAUUAUCUAUCUAUUUACUGAAAUUAUUGAUCAUACUAUUGUUACGGUACUGCUUUUUCAAGUUUGCAAAACCACACUCUGACUAUAGUUGGUCCAAAACCCCCGCCCUCUUCCAAAGCUUUGGGAGUCUGACUGAAUGAAAGGAGCUUGGAGUUAGAAGUCAAUAUUACUAUGGAGGGAGGGUGAGGGAGGGGGCGGGGUUUCUGGACCAACUUAGUGUGCGGUGACUAGUUUUGACGAUGAGCCACUGAAUGAACAGUUUGACGAGAUCAAUGGAAACAGAAACAUGAUGCUUGUUCCAAUCCCCCACCAAUCACAUGCGGCUCGAGCGGGUAGGGGGCGUGCUUUGCUUGCUGAGUGGCCAACGAUAUACGCUCGCCAAGGAAGCGGGAGGGGUUUGUUUGCCAAGUUAACGUGAACAGAA